GUGAACGAAAUCAUAUUGUUGGAUCUUGGAAAACUUAAAUUGGCAAAUUCGACAGUUUAUAAUGUUGUUAAUCGAUACAAUAAUACUGGAGAAAUAAAACUUCCAACUCGAAGUGGAAGACCACAAUUAUUAAAUGUUCGCGAAAUGUGUCAUCUAUUGCAUAUCGUUAAAAAAAGACCGUAG